AUGGUUGGACAGACACUCUUAAUCCUUGGGGUUCUGAUCUUUUUACCCUUUGCAGUAUUAGUUGCAUAUGCAAUACCACUGAUUAAACCAAGAAAUUGGUUUGUUCUUCGGAAAAAUCGUGAUUGGGGACGGUUGUUGAGUUCUUUGUAUUGGAAUUAUAGUGGCUUUGAUGCGGCGGGAGCGUAUGCGGGUGAAAUCCAAUCUCCAAAGACUACGUAUCCGAAAGCGAUGGUGCUGACGGUCGUGAUGAUUGCGUUUACGUACAUUAUCCCAUUUAUUGCUAUUUCAGGUGCGGAUAUGCCGCAUUACACGACAUGGGACGAUGGAUCGUAUUCGAUUAUUGCACACGAAAUUGGUGGAACAUGGCUUUGCAUUUGGGUUCUGAUUUCGUCAGUGUUUGGAAACCUUGGACUUUACGUCGCUGAAAUGGCCAAGGAUGGAUUUCAGCUUGCAGGCAUGGCUGACUCAGGCUUGGCCCCACCAUACUUUGCUCAACGCGAUCCUGACACAGGCGUACCACGGCGUGCCAUCCUGUUGGCGUUCGUCAUUAUUGUGUUCAUGGGCAUGUUUGACUUUGAUACGAUUUUGGGGGUUGACAACUUUUUGUCGGCGCUGUCGUCGCUCGUUGAGAUGAGUGCCGCUGUGCGUAUGCGCUUUUCACAUCCUGAAAUUGAACGGCCAUACCGUGUGAACCUGUCAGAUCGUUCGCUGGUGGUGGCUAUGAUACUGCCAUUUACGCUAGGAAUCUUCAUUAUAGUGAACGAAUUGACCAAAUCCUGGACCAGCUUGUCGCUCAACGUGGUUGCACUUCUAUUCGGUUACCUCGUUCAGAAGUAUAUUGAACAGUAUCCCUACCACAACUAUUCAAAGAUUAUCGGAGGUCCACUGCAACUGACUGAUCUCUCUGACGAACUCUAG